AUGGGCAUCUGGAGCAAGCAGGGAGCUUGCCGUCCCUUUGCCGCCUUCGUGAAGAAGCGCUGGUCGAAGCGGCCGCCUCCAUGUGAGGGCUUCUUGGAGUCCGAGGCGCCAGCUCUACCGGCCUACGAGAGGCUUUGGCACAACCGGUGCCGCCGCGAGGUGCUGCUGGCCCCUGAGCCGUCCCAAAGCCUUGGCGCCUGCGCCUGCACCGGGCGCUGUUGCCUCGAGAGCUGCCUGAACGCCGUCAUGCUCGUGGAGUGUGGCCCUCACACCUGUGCUGUGGGAGAGGAGGCUGACUGCGAAAACCGCCAGUUUGCUCGGGCGCAGUUGGGAGACUUCGAUUACUUGGCCGAGAUCUUCUGGACUGGACCACUCAAAGGCUUCGGUCUGAGGGCCCGGUGCACCAUCCCAAUUGGCCACUUCGUCGCCGAGUAUGUGGGCGACAUCGUCUCCCAAGAUCGGAUCUCGAAUUGGCAGUAUAUCAUGUCCCUGCCUGGUGGACUAGCCAUCGACGCCUCAACAGCAGGGGGGCCUGCCCGUUUCAUCAACCACUCCUGCCAGCCGAAUUGCGUUGCGCAGCGCUGGCAGGUUGCUGGCCGAUACCGUGUGGGAAUUUUCGCAGCACAGGAGAUUCAGGCUGGCGAAGAGAUCACGUUCAGCUACUCGAACCGAGGGCAGUCUUCGUCCCAUGCCUGCCAUUGUGGUACACCUGUGUGCUCCGGAAGCAUCUGGCAGCCGCCAAAGAGGCAGCACAAGAAGGCAGCAAGCCAGGCAGGACAAGCUAUGGCUGCCCGGUCGCGCAAGCCAGCAAGGAGGCGUUGCCGAGUCAGGGUACAAGCUCCCUCCUGUCCUGGCAUGCCGAAAACCUCAGAAUCGGAGCAUCUGAGAAAGACGCCCAAAAAGGACGCGAACGAGUCUCGGAGUGACGACGUUCCAAGCAAGAUGGAAGACACCAAGCCAGACAUCCAGGUUGAUGGCCCGGUUCAUCGCCCUGAUGCGGGGAGCAGAGUAGCUUGUGAAUCACACUGGGAAGAGCAGGAUUGGCAAGCUAGCGAGCAGUUUUGUGAGGGCUUUUACUCUCAGCUGGGCUGGCAGCAUGCGCCCAAGGAGGCAGCGAAGAUUCUGGAGCAACAGCGCCUCCCGUGCAGCAGGGAGCAAGCUGCUGCUGCGAGGCUGGGCCUCUAUUUACCAACAGCCUUGCUGUUGCUACGGGACCCCUCCGCGCUGGAGAUGACUGCGAGAUGA